CUAAGAGACAGAGGCUGGAGCCAGUGGAGAGGAGCAAACAGCCAGUCAGAGGGAAAGUGAGAGGGAACGGGAGCGCUUGGACACAAGGUGAAAAUGGCUCAGCGUCUGCGUUUGUACUUUGGCUCGGGCCGCAGCAACACCGCGCCGGAGGUACUGGAAGGAGACUCUGAGGAGCAGCGGGGAGACGAGGACGACGUGGUCGCGGUGCUGGCCACGCAGGGGCCUCGGCUAUCGUCAUCCUCUUGGGAGGCGGCCCCACCGAGAGCGUCGUGGUCGGAGCCCUCGCUGAAGCGCAGCUCCUCCAUGUUCAUACCCCAGCUCGCCGCCUGCGCCGAUCCGCGGCCCACCAAGAGCUCCUCCAUGCACAUCUCCCUCCAGCGCGCCAACGGGUCCAGUAACGGAGACAGCCGCGACCACGCGGACGACGUCCCGCCACCCUGUUAUACCCCUCCGGGACCUGCGCCUGCCUAUUCCGAACCGUGGAUCCCGGCAGACGCUCCACGACACCCGCCGCCUCCGUACCACAGCCCAGAUACUUCCAACCCGCCUGCACUGGUGACGGAGCCGAACCUGCCAAAGCGCAGGGUCUUUAACAUCGGCUCCAAUGGCCACGCUAUGUAUAGCAUGGGCCAACCUAAUAUCAGCGUCGGUGGCAUUUGUAUCCAGAGGAACUCUCCGGACGUCCAGCAUUUCAGAAUUCAGCCGUACGGCGGUACCGGCUGGUCCGUCCAGCAGCAGAGCUCGGACCAGUGCUCCGUCGGUAACGGCGGAACACAGAGGGUCGUGUUUCAGCUCCAGCAAAGUCCGAACCAGGGCCAGGGCAGGCCGCGGUCCGCUGCGCCGCAGGAAGAAAGCCCAGAUGUUGGCGGCGGCGGCGGCCCGAGAGGCAGUCGCGCGGUGCGGUACCCGAGGAUUCGGCUGGAGAGACGCUCGUCUCAACCGAGGCUGCUGCUGGAGAGUCCACACCAGGAAACCGGUGGCGUCAGCCGAGCUAUAGAGGAGACUCAAACGGACCCGGACAGAACAGAACCGCGGUCCAACGGUUGUACUUUCAAGAUCCAUGGGAAUUCUUCCAGGAGGCAGCCUCAUUUCAAGAUAUUUUUUACCCCCGGGGGCGGUGGGGAUCAGGACGUUAGCCCAGGCAACGAUUCCACGGCGAAUAAUCCCACGACUAGAGAUGAUUUCCUGGGACAGGUUGAUGUUCCUCUCAGUCACUUGCCGACGGAGGAUCCUGCCAUGGAGCGGCCGUACACAUUCAAAGACUUCCUGUUGCGGCCCAGAAGCCACAAGUCCAGGGUGAAGGGUUACCUGCGUCUGAAAAUGGCAUAUCUGCCCAAACAAGGAGGCCCAGAGGAGGAGGCUGGGGAGAUGAGAGAGGAAGCUGAGGGGUGGGAUGAGUCGGCGGACUCUGGCUCCCAGCGACCUCAGCAGCUGCUUCCUCCUUUGCCCCCCGGCUGGGAGGAGAAAGUGGACAACCUGGGACGCACCUACUAUGUCAACCACAACAAACGCACAACGCAGUGGAAACGGCCCUCCAACAUCGAUGUGAUCUCAGAGACAGAGAGCGACAAUCAACAGCGGCAGAUCAAUCAGGAAGCGCACCGCGUUUUCCGUUCGAGACGCCACAUCAGUGAAGACCUGGAGAACGAACACAUGGAGCCGAGGGACCUCGACAAUUCCUGGGAGCUCAUCACGGAGGAGGAUCCCAACGAGAGCCUGGCCCAGUCUCAGCCCGGCACCUCCUCCGUCUCCACGCCACAGCCGGCGCCGACGUCCGUCGAGCGGGACAUCUCUGAGGAUUUAAGCCUGCGGCUGUCCAUCGCUCCGGACACCAACGGCGAAGUGCCGGGGCCCAGCGCCGCUCUGAGCCAGCUGUCAAGCCGACUCCGGUCCUCCAGUAUGACGGAUGGUGUCAGCGAUCAGACCCAGGCUCCUCCUCUUAUGCAGGGUUCCCAGACCAGAAGAACAAGAGCUCAAACAGUCUCAGGUGGUGAGGAGUCCAUGUCUCCCUCGGCGACGGCUUACGCCUUGACCACCCCCGGCCUGCCCCCUGGAUGGGAGGAGCGGAAGGACGGCAAGGGACGAACUUAUUACGUCAACCAUAACAGCCGCACCACUACGUGGACUAGGCCAAUUGUGCAGCUGACUGAAGACGGAGCCAGCACCUCGGCAGCAGAGCCGGGAGGAGCCUCGGCCCUGGCCCCCGCAUCCACCCCCUCCUCUUCCUCCUCCUCCUCCAACAACCACCUCCAUGAGCCCCAAGUGCGACGACCUCGUAGCCUCAGCUCCCCCACUGUCACCCUUUCCACCCCCUUGGAGGGAGCCAACAACAUCCAGGCGCGGAGGGCCGUGAAGGACACGUUCUCCAACCCGCAGUCCCCCCAGCCGUCCCCUUACAGCUCCCCCAAGUCCCAGCCAAAGACGCAGCAGAGCUUCCUGCCCCCGGGCUGGGAGAUGAGGAUCGCCCCCAACGGACGGCCGUUCUUCAUCGACCACAACAGCAGAGUCACCACCUGGGAGGAUCCCAGAUUGAAAUACCCAGUCCACAUGAGGACUAAGAACUCCAUUGAGCCCGGUGAACUUGGUCCUCUUCCUCCUGGAUGGGAAGAAAGAAUUCACUCGGACGGACGCACCUUCUACAUUGACCACAAUACGAAGAACACGCAGUGGGAGGAUCCUCGCCUGCAGAGUCCGGCCAUCACAGGACCCGCGGUUCCCUACUCAAGGGAGUUCAAGCAGAAGUACGACUACUUCAGGAAGAAGUUGAAGAAACCGGCCGACAUCCCCAACCGGUUUGAGAUGAAGUUACACAGGAACAACAUCUUCGAGGAGUCGUACCGUCGGAUCAUGUCCCUGAAGAGGCCCGAUGUGCUGAAGGCACGACUGUGGAUCGAGUUUGAGUCGGAGAAGGGGCUGGACUACGGCGGCGUGGCCAGGGAGUGGUUCUUCCUCCUUUCGAAGGAGAUGUUCAACCCGUACUACGGCCUGUUCGAAUACUCGGCCACGGACAACUACACCCUCCAAAUCAACCCCAACUCCGGCCUGUGCAACGAGGACCACCUCUCCUACUUCAAGUUCAUCGGGCGCGUGGCGGGGAUGGCCGUGUUUCAUGGGAAACUCCUGGAUGGUUUCUUCAUCCGACCGUUCUACAAGAUGAUGCUGGGAAAACAGAUCUCCCUUAAAGACAUGGAGUCUGUGGACAGUGAAUACUACAACUCUCUGAAGUGGAUCCUGGAGAAUGAUCCCACUGAGCUGGACCUCAGGUUCUGUAUCGACGAGGACAACUUUGGACAGACGUACCAGGUCGACCUGAAGCCCAGCGGCUCAGACAUGGUGGUCACCAACGAGAACAAAAAGGAAUACAUUGACCUGGUCAUCCAAUGGAGGUUUGUCAAUCGAGUCCAGAAGCAGAUGAACGCCUUCCUGGAGGGCUUUACUGAGCUCAUUCUCAUUGAUCUGAUCAAGAUCUUUGACGAAAACGAGCUUGAGCUGCUCAUGUGCGGCCUCGGCGACGUCGACGUCAACGACUGGCGGCAACACACGGUUUACAAGAACGGCUACUGUCCCAACCACCCUGUCAUACAGUGGUUCUGGAAGGUCGUCCUGUUGAUGGAUGCUGAAAAGAGGAUCCGACUCCUCCAGUUUGUUACGGGAACGUCCCGAGUGCCCAUGAACGGCUUUGCCGAGCUCUAUGGUUCUAAUGGACCCCAGCUGUUCACAAUAGAGCAGUGGGGAACGCCAGAGAAGUUGCCAAGAGCUCACACGUGUUUCAACCGUUUGGAUCUGCCCACUUAUGACUCAUUUGAGGACCUGAGAGAGAAGCUCCUCAUGGCGGUGGAGAACGCGCAGGGCUUCGAGGGGGUCGACUAAGGCAGCGGCGUCUGACCGCAUCCAACCCCCCCACAACCAAACAACAAUACAAACAAAAGAAAAGAAAAAGCCACGGGGAUCUCAAAACCGGCUGCUGUGGCCGUUCUGUGCAAGCAUGUCGUACUGUAAUGCCUGUGACCUGUGAGCCCCAUUCCGCAGCACCCGGUGGCUUGAGACUGAACGGCGAUUUGACGAGCCGACGCGCCUUUAAAUCUCCCCCGAGGGCGGGCGGGCGGGC